AUGGCAACGGCUCCAUCCGAUGCGAACGGCGGGUCCGACCUUCGUGAAGGGGCCUGUUCGACUUGCCGACGCAAGAAGCAGAAAUGCUCCCGCGAAGACCCAUGUCGAACUUGCAUCUCAAGCGGCUCUGAAUGCAUCUACGAGGAGGCUCAGCGCCGUGGCAGCAAACCAGGUUAUAUAGACGCUCUCACUAAACGCAUGGACACUCUUGAGGCGCUGGUCUUGGGACAAUCACUCUUGCUUGGACCGGCCAUCACUCCCGUCGCCGACGGCGCAUCCGACGACCCCCCUGGCUUGGAUGAGAUGCUUCAAUCUGUUCGACAACGGCUACUUCAGCGGAGAAACAAGAGGCGACGAGCUCAUACCCCCUCAAACUGCUCAUCACCGUCGGGAACAUCUGUCGUGGUCACACAAAGUCACGUAAAACCGCGCGAUGGUAACAUGAACCCUGCUGACACCCUUGGCCCGGCGACGAUGCCCAUGAUGGCAAACUCACCCAAGGUUUCUGUCCCACCGCUACAUAUGAUGCGAGAACUCGUCAACAUUUACUUUGACCGUAUACACCCUUGGAUACCUAUUUUACACCGGCCAAAUAUCGAGGCAACAUUGGAAACUCAAGAUGCAAGUCUUCCCGACAUUGUGCUAUUAGCCAUGACUGCAGUGAGCAUCCGAUUCUACGCCUGCGAUCAUCAAACCCAAGAACUGUACAGCCGCCGAUGCCAUGACGCCGUUGUCCUUGCGUGUAUGGACCGUUUCUCGGUAGAGACGCUGCAAGCAAGUAUAAUUCUUGCCUUUAACACAAUUGGUAGCGGUAAAGGGCCAACAAGUUGGUCCAUUGUCUCUUCAGCAACUCGGAUCGUGGAGCAGCUAGGACUAGCGGUCGAAGAGGAGGGGAAUUCACAGAACAAGCUCCUUAAUCGAAUAGGUUUUCUGCCACCAGCCAGGAACUUGACUGAAAGAGAAUCUUUCCGCAGAAUAUUCUGGUGUAUCUUCCUCCUGGAUCGAUUUUGCUCAGUCGCCACUGGAUGGAACACCGGGUUAUCCAUCGACCACAUCAAGAGGCGUCUUCCUGUCGAGGGGUGUUUCUGGAGAGACCAUGUGAACAAAACCGCCAAGUUCUUUGACAUUGACAACAACCAAAUUGAACCUGAUGUCGAUGUCGAUGCAAUAGGCGGUUUGGCAUAUCUCAUCGAGGCAUCUGAAUGCUUGAAUCGAGUUGCAUCAUUUCUCCUCCAAGAAUCCGUCGACCUUUCGAGCAGCGACAGCUUGCGACACUGGUUUGAAAAGUUUCAAUCGCUGGAUGCCAUGCUUGUACGGUGGAAAACCUUUCUUCCCGCCCGAUGGCAGGUCGCUGGCAUUGACGCCACUGGCAAAAUGGAUGAAAAUCUGACACUCGCACAUAUAACCCAUAAUACCAGCGUCAUAUUCUUACACCAGGUUAUGGCAUAUCCGGACGCCGUGUUGCGUAGCCGCCUGCCUACCGAGAAUGCAGCCAAGACUUGCAUCAUGGCUGCUGGAGAGGUCGCAACCAUUGCCGCCAAGUUUAUUGCCAACACCACGGUGGUUAUACCACCCACAAUGAGCUUCUGCUUGUUCAUUGCUGCUCGGGCUCUGCUAGCCGAUUCUAACCAUUCAAAUACGCCUGUGGAUGUCAACUUCGAGAUCCUACUCCAAGCUCUUCGCGAGGGCUCUUCUCGGUGGGUUGGCCCUGACGCGCCGGCUGGACGAGAUAACUUGGCUGGCCAAUUUGCAGAUAGACUCGACGCUGCCUGGAAAUCCCGAUCCCCCGUCAAUAUUCGCACCGUCGCCUUCGAGGAAGAUCGCAAUACUACGUUUCCAAUAUCUUUUGCAAGCCCUCCGAUACCGGAUAUUUUUCGCGAUGCUUCCGCUAACCUCACAUCCAUGUUUGGCACCACUGUCUCCGAGCCAUACAACGUCCCCGGCAUGGACUUCCAAACCUUCGAUCGAAUAUUUACUUGGACAGAUGAAAUGAUUGACAAUAGCCUUGAUGUAGCAUGA